AUGAUUGAUAACCCGACCAAAGAUAUAAAGAUUGAUAACCCGACCAAAGAUAUAAAGAUUGAUAACCCGACCAAAGAUAUAAAGAUUGAUAACCCGACCAAAGAUAUAAAGAUUGAUAACCCGACCAAAGAUAUAAAGAUUGAUAACCCGACCAAAGAUAUAAAGAUUGAUAACCCGAUCAAAGAUAAAAAGAUUGAUAACCCGACCAGAGAUAUAAAGAUUGAUAACCCGACCAAAGAUAUAAAGAUUGAUAACUCGACCAAAGAUAUAAAGAUUGAUAACCCGACCAAAGAUAUAAAGAUUGAUAACCCGACCAAAGAUAAAAAGAUUGAUAACCCGACCAAAGAUAAAAAGAUUGAUAACCCGACCAAAGAUAAAAAGACUGAUAACCCGACCAAAGAUAAAAAGAUUGAUAACCCGACCAAAGAUAUAAAGAUUGAUAACCCGACCAAAGAUAUAAAAAUUGAUAACCCGACCAAAGAUAUAAAGAUUGAUAACCCGACCAGAGAUAAAAAGAUUGAUAACCCGACCAAAGAUAUAAAGAUUGAUAACCCGACCAAAGAUAUAAAGAUUGAUAACCCGACCAGAGAUAUAAAGAUUGAUAACCCGACCAAAGAUAUAAAGAUUGAUAACCCGACCAAAGAUAAAAAGAUUGAUAACCCGACCAAAGAUAUAAAGAUUGAUAACCCGACCAAAAUUGAUAACCCGACCAGAGAUAUAAAGAUUGAUAACCCGACCAAAGAUAUAAAGAUUGAUAACCCGACCAAAGAUAAAAAGAUUGAUAACCCGACCAAAGAUAUAAAGAUUGAUAACCCGACCAAAUUCCGUCCACGUCAGUCGUCUUGA